UCUGUUUCAUAAGCAGAAAAAAGGAAUUGGCCUGAGCUGGUUUGAAGGGUAGUUCGAGCAUGGCAUUAUAUCCUGAGCAAAGCAGCUGCGUUUCCUUGCCAGUGUGCAGGAAACAUUUGUGGAGUGACAAAAACACUUUGGUCCUUUUGCAAUGCAGUGAAAGGCCAGCCCACAUGGGAGGCAUCAGCCUUCGCUAGCUGGGAAGCUGCUGAUGUGGCUUUUAAUUAAAUACUGGGCUGUGUGUUAACCGAGUCGUGCUGUGGGCUGUGACGUGCCGGGAGGCCCUCUGCUAUAUUCGGUGAAGAAAAUGACCUUAGUGAACUCGGGUUUGAGAAGGGCAAAUUGCUCAGAGUAUUUCCCGAUCUUCAUCUCGCUCCUCUGGGUUGCUGGAAUCUUCUUCCAUCAAGGCACGGCUGCGGCCUGCGGGCUGCUGUACCUCUACACCCGCUUCCAGUACUUCCAGGGAUACACCGCGGCUGCGCAGGGACGGUCAGUACCCGCCUGGGGCUCCCCAGACCAACCCGGGGCGCUGGGUGUAGGGUGCAGCUUCCCAUGGGUGCGACUGCAGGCACAUGUCCACCACCUCCCCCUCCUGCCCCCCCAUGCUCAUGGCCAUGCCACCUCCUCCCUGGCUGUCUCCAAGGCGGUUGAGGGACACCAAGCCCCGCCAGCCUGCUUCGUGCCCCGGGUUAGCUGGCGCUGUCUGGUAAGUGUUUUCUCUCCGCGCAGGUUGGGGCCACUGUACACCAGCGCCCGGGUGCUCUGGCUGCUGCUGGGGCUGGCGGUGGCCGGGCUCCUGGCACACUUUCUGCUGCCCCACUCCUCUGCGUGGAUGGCAGCGCUGGCACAGCCCCUCCAGCUGCUCGGCGCCUGGUGAGAGGGGCUGCAGGUCCCCCAAACCCCACUGUUCACCCCGAGGGGAGGGAGUCGCAUGGCGUGGUCAGAGACCACGCAUCGCCCCAGCUCUGUGCUUACCCCUGAAGGGAGGCAGAUGCUGGCACUCCUGCUCAUGAAGCGCCACUCUCCGGAGGUAAUUUCUCUCCUAGAAAGCAAAUGCUGCCCAGCCUCUGCCCCUGCUGAUGGGCUUCACUGCCAGGUUUUGUAGCAGUGCCUGCUCUAACACCCUUGGCUCUGCCUUGCAGAGCACGGAUUGUCCUGUGUGCUGUUGUCACUCCUCCUUACUGCUGUAAUGAUUUGUGUUGAAGAAUCACAACCUGGAUAUACAAAAAAUAAAUUUCUUUUCUCAGUAGAAGUAACCUGUGAUUGUCAAACGUGCUAGAGGACUGGGCGUGAGAACAUCCAAGGGUUAGGGGACUGCGCUGCA